AUGGCUGACCGCACUUCCCCCCCAAGGGUUUCUUCUGCUUCUUUCAAGACUACGGCUAGACGAAAGACUGUCAGGAUAACUCCCGCAAAAGACAAAGAGAAAACUAGCGAGGCACAGAAAGAUGGAGAGUCUCCCCCGCCAGAUGCCCAGAGCACGGCUCCACUUGAAGAAAAAGAUGAACAAGACAAAAGAGAUGAAAAUAAAGAGACACCAGAGGCGGUUGAACCCGAACCAGAGCCACCAUAUCCAUAUCUUACACUCAAGGAGUUGCCAGCUCUGGACCAGCCACUUAGGCCUCUUUCUCACCUAUGUGCUCUGCCCCUCAAGGAUGGCCCGAGCUCUCCUCCACCAGCUGAAGAUUCCGUAACUUUCAUACACGUCCUGGAGCGGUCUGAACGACUCACACAAGAUGGAAGAGAUGAGGCGACCCGGCGUGCAGUGUCCUACUUAUGCAACGAUGGCCCUGGUACGAUGCUUCUAGUUGCGCGCUGGCUCGAUUCUGUAGCAGAUGCUGUGGAGAACAACACCGUAGCAUCUAGCGAGAAAUUUCCGUGGCGAGAGGUCAUACCGCCUCUAUUCGUCGGAAUCAACAAGCACCGAGAACUUCUGAGUUCAAAGAUGCCGCGCACUCAAUUUUCUCCAAAAGAGCUGCGGGAGUUUCUGGAAACCGAAGGCUUCAUUGAGACGCAGGGACAAAAGCUACAGCAUUUGCUUGAGACAAAGGGGAUUCCAGGCAAGGGUUCAGAAGCAGGAGCAGGGAGGCCUGAUCUAGUUUCCAGCUACUUUGAGCGCAUGGCUCCCAAACAACAGCAAGCCUCUGCUGCUGUAAGGGUCAAUAGUUCCACCCCAGAUAAGGGAACACCACGUUCCCCACCUUCAGCCGAAAGCCCUGGGGGGGAGGGUGGCAGUCCGCCUUCAUCUCCAGGCGGCACUCAACCGGAGCAGGAGAGCACUCCCUACGCUGACGAAGCAUCCCGAAGCCCUAUUCGUGAGGGCGAAGCUGCACGUGAAGAGCACAAAGGCAAGGAUGGGGAAGAAUAUCCGAGCGAAGUUGCGAGCUCGAGCAGCAGAACCCCCGUCUGA